GGUAAAGCGGUCCAUUCACUCCUCCAACCUGCCUCUCCUCAGCUCUAAUUACACGUGAGGCUCCCCGCACCGCCUGCCGUGGAGCGACGUGUGAGUUUAAGACCCCAGUAUCUGAACAGACGGGGAGAGGGGCUUCUCUGCACCGGCGCGGGGAGAGGACGGUUGGAGCCAGCUCGUGGGGCUAUCCUCGGAAGACUUUCCUUUCGGAGGAGAAGGGGUGGAGCGACACGUGGGCUUGGGGGGCACGCCCCCAGCCACAGGACCUGGCUGCCACCGUCCCGUCUCGCUCCGGCUUCCUAUCCUGCGCCCACGCCUCGCGCCUGUCCCCGGGCAAACUCUGAGCCCAGGGCGGGUGGGGCCGAGGGUGAGGGAGUCGAAAGCCGACAGAGCCAGGAGUGGGAGGGGAAGACGAGACGCCAGGAACGCCCCCGGAGUGAUGAGGGGAGGAGAGCGCGGGGGCCACCCGGAGAAGCGAGACAGAGAGAGGGACCCGGCCCCCUACCCCAGUCCCCUCCAAGCCAACCGGGGAAACACGGACGACCCGCCAAGCCGGCGCAGCUGCGGGACACGGCCCCCCGCGCGCUCCAACCAGACCGCGACCGCUAAGCCUAAGCCCCUCCUUCCGAGGAACUCCGGAGCCGCCCCUGGAAGUGGCGGGGCGGAGGCACCCGAGAAGCGACGCUCGGCGGCGAAGGAGCCGAACGGCGCGGGCCGGGAGGCCGGCAUGGAAGGCGCGGCGGGUGACCCGUACCGGCGACCCGCGCGGCGCACCCAGUGGCUGUUGAGCGCCCUGGCGCACCACUACGGGCUGGACCGCGGCGUGGAGAACGAGAUCGUGGUGCUGGCCACCGGCCUGGACCAGUACCUGCAGGAGGUCUUCCACCACCUGGACUGCCGCGGCGCCGGCCGCCUGCCCCGCGCCGACUUCCGCGCGCUCUGCGCCGUGCUGGGGCUGCGCGCCGAGGGGGCCGCCGCCGGGGAGGCCUCCGGGGAUGCGGCCGCCCGAGACGCGAACCCGGGGGAUGCGGCCGCCGGGGACGCGGCCGCCGGGGUGGCCACCGACGGGGACGCAGAUGCCGAAGAGGAGGCGCGCCUGGCGCUGCGCGCGGACCCGCCCGAGCUCACCUUCCGCCAGUUCCACGCGCGCCUCUGCGGCUACUUCGGCACGCGCGCGGGGCCCCGGCUGCCCCGCGGCGCUCUCAGCGAACACAUCGAGACGCAGAUCCGCCUGCGCCGCCCGCGCCGCCGCCGCCGCACCCCCCACACGCCGGGCCCGGACGGCGGCCCCAACUGCCCCGACGGCGGCCGGGACGGCGAGCGCCUGGCGCGGUUGGAGGAGGAGAACGGCAGCCUGCGCGAGUUGGUGGAGGACCUGCGGGCCGCGCUGCAGAGCAGCGACGCUCGCUGCCUAGCGCUGCAGGUCGGCCUCUGGAAGAGCCAGGCGGGCGCGCAGGAGGCGGGGCGCGUUGGGCCCGAGGUGGCGGCGCGGGAGCUGCGGCAGGCGCGGGGCGCCCUGGCGGUGGCCGAGGCCCGCGCGGGGCGGCUGCGCCAGGGCCAGGUCGAGGUUCGGCGACGCGCCGAGGAGGCCCGGGAGGCGGUGCUGCGCAGCCUGGGCCGCGUGCGCGAGCUCGAAGCGCUGGCGAGACAGGUGCCCGGCCUGCAGCGCUGGGUGCGGCGGCUGGAGGGUGAGCUGCGGCGCUACAGGUGAG